AUGCGUCAGAUAUUGCGCAGAAAGUGCGCUUUUGAUGCGCAGCUUAUAAAGGAACCGAAAAAUGCGGUACCAUCUCCUGCGGUAGUAGUUUUAGACAGUGAUCCAGCAGAGGAUCCGAUCGCCACCAGUUGGGACAUCGAAAGCUACCGGAAACCCUUCGAUACGCGUUCGAUAUGGAAUUUGAAGAAAUGGUUUAUGGAACUGCACAAAGAGAGCAUCGCGGAGGAGGAACUGGUGCCCAUCGCGCAAGCUUUCGCCAACGUUCAGGCGUAUCGCUGCUCCUACCCGGACGAACUAAUGGAACGCUUGCGGAAGCUAGGAGAACCUGUUACCAAGGUUUACCGGAACCUGCAGAUCGGUAAAUCAACACGCAUCCUAGUGCCGGCACGGGACGCAAUCCGUUUGGAGCAUAGUGGUGUCCCCUAUUUGCAGCACCUUGCCGAGCUUAAAGCCCAGAAGGAAGAAUGCUUGCUACCGAUCAUACCGCCCAGCAAGUUGGCCGAUGUCUUCCAAAAUAUCGUGGUGGUAAACAAUUCUCUAAAGGAAACGGUCCAGUGGCUCGAACGGCUCGGCGGAGGCACAAUUUCACUUGUGAUGUGUCCGUUGGUGCACGGAGUGGUCGAGGUGAAGGCGUUUGCGUCUUACAACUUGUUUCUCACCAAAGCGGCCGGACCGUAUGACCAGGCGUACGCGCAGUGUGUGGCCAACUUGAUGGAAAUACUGAAAAGCUACUGUCAUCAGGUGAAUUACAUUAGCCGUUUUGAGGCGUGCGACUACUACAACGUCGAACGGUUGUUGCGUGAAACGGACACCGGAACAGAGAUUCAUCCGAACAACAUUGGCUUCCAGAUGCUGCGGAAACUGGGAUGGGUCGGAGGUCCGCUGGGAUUUAAACAGCAGGGGAUCGUUACACCGAUUGCGGUGGUCACCAAACACAAUCGCCUCGGACUGGGCAGUGAAGUCCGUCGAUCUCAGAAGCGCAAAGCACUCAAAGCGCUUUGUGCCGAAUGUGCGAUGGACGUGGAUUUCUACAAGGCGCUAAUGGAGAUCGUAGUCAGGAAGAGGCCGUACUACGAUCUAAUAUUUUCUCCUGACUUCACCGAAACGGAACGUAUUGUGCUGACCAGAUUAGCCGCCGAGCACCGAAUCCGAUGUGAAACACGGCAAUCGGUUAACGGGUGUUUACAGUUUGUCAUCAAACGCUUUCCGCUGCCGCCGCAUGAGGUCCUUCUGCAGGUGCUGGUACGUAACCAUCCAGUGUGUCAGAAGUUCUACGAAGUCACCCGGCCAAAGUUCAGUCUGAUUCCCAAAUGA